AUGCUUGUUGAUGCGGCGCUGGCGGCUCACAAGGCUUAUGGCUGCACUCACCUGUCUGCAGGCAACCUCUUGUGGGCCGAGAGGUGUCAGGAGGGAAUUGAAUAUGGACAGCUGAUCAGAAGCCACAUCAAGGAUGGCAAGAUUGUUCCUGUGGAGAUCACAAUCAACUUACUGAGGAAGGCGAUGGAGGAAACGAUGCAGCUGGACCAGUCAAAGUUCCGCUUCCUAAUUGAUGGCUUUCUGCGUAACCAAGACAACUUCCAGGGCUGGACCUGUGUCAUGGAGGGGAAGGCUGACGUCCAAUUCGUCCUCUUCUUUGACUACAGCAAUCAGUUGUGUUUUGACAGGUGUCUGGAUUGAGGGAAGAGCAGUGGACGCUAAGACGACAACAGAGGGUGUCUAGAGAAGCGGGUCCAGACAUACCUGCAGUCAACACGGCCCGUCACAGAGCUGUAUGAACAACAGAGGAAAGUAUGCGCCGUGGAUGCCUCUCGCAGUGUGUGGAGGAGAAUUGACAGAAGACCCCAUGGUGGUGGCCGUGGCCGUGUGCAGACCAACCAGCAGGAUUGGGCCGUGGUGGAAAUGGUAAUGGCCAGGAAUGACAUGAGCCUCGCCGAAAUAAAGCAGUCCAUUGAGGAAAACAAUAACAACUUUGCCAAUGGGGAAUCCAUCAGCCUACCUUCCAAGUGCCUGGAUAACAUCAACGGAGGUGGCACCGGGCGUAACCCCCGUUCCGCCCGCAGAUCCCUCCGCUUCUGUAACACCAACCUGUGGAUCAUUAUUAGAAGAAUCGGACUGUAG